AUGGUCCACGUGAAAGUGAAGGGUGCCGCUGUUCACGUUGAUCCGAAAGAUGUAUCUCCUGCUUGGAAAGUUCUACAGAUGAAGCUCAAAGAACAAGAAUCAGAGGUUGUUAAGAUGGAAGUGAGUCCAUCAGUGCAAAAACCAGAACAGAAAGUCAAAUCCCGCAAACGGAGGUUACAAGAAGCCUUUGAGGGGCUACAGAAGAUGGAUGAGCCAGCUGCUAAGCGCGAACAUGACGUGCCUGUUGUUAUCCACGACCGAAGCACAGGUGAGGCCACACAUAUAAUUGCUCUCGAUUGUGAAUACGUUGGAGGUGGAACAGAUGGCAGAGAUGAUCUCCUUGCCAGGGUGUCAAUUGUGAACGAGGAAGGAAAGAUUGUAUACGACAAAUAUGUUAAACCGAGAGAACGGGUUACAGAUUUUCGUACAAGUGUAAGCGGUAUUCGACCAGAAAACAUUGCAAAAGGUUUUUGGAAUUUCACUCAUAAUAAUCGCAAAAUGCUAACAAUCGUGACACCAGCUAAAUGUCACUUGCUUGCCGAAAGAUGGCUAACUGGCAAUGGAUUGAGUGUGCCGUCACUGAAAAAACUGGCGAAUGCCAUUCUCGGAAUUGAUAUUCAACAAGGCGAACAUGAUUCUGUGAUAGAUGCCCGCGUGGCGCUGAGGCUCUACUUAGCUGUGAAAAAGAAAUGGGAAAGCGACAUAAAACGGUUUCGUCGUUGA